AUGUAUGACAUGGAUUUAUUAAGGAGAGCUAAUCCGGUGUUGUUUUCACCGGAGAGAUAUGAUGAAUAUCCGCUAGGUUAUGAUGAUCUCAUGCAGUAUUUGUCUACAAAGGAUAUAACAAGUCAGAGUGAUCCACAACACAACAGACCGUACACGUACAUUGACUCACUCGACUUCUUGCUUUACAGUCAGGACGAGGAUGAAAUAGAUAUUGAUUUGGACAAGAAGUUAGCUUGUGAAUAUGCGCUAUACUACGCUCAGAGCAAGAAGAGACAGAACAAACACAAACGGAUGAGUCUUUUGGGCUCGAGGAAGUACUUAGACGAUCUGCUUUAUGGCGGAGCUAAUCAUUCUCGAGAUUGGUAUGAAGCAGUGAUAACUAUGCUAGAGAAUUUGUCAAUUACCGAGUUAGAUCCGGAUACUGUGGGCAAGUUAGAGAGGUUAGUGAAGACAAAUAAAAGUGGUGUUAACGUUAGCAUGUUAUCACACAAUAUGAAUGGUUUCCAAAAGCCGGAGUUCCCAAGAAGCAGAAAGCAGAGUGGGUCUGGUCUAGAUCUAAUGAGAGACAAUAACGGCUCUCACUCAGAAGUGUUCAGUGGUCAUACAUUGAAUGAGAGUGACGACACAAUGGAAGAGGAAAGCCAAGGGAUAAUACAGGACUUAAUUUCAUACUUGAUUUCGAAUUCAAUAAAGAGAGGCAUAAAUGUAAAACCUACAAACUUGAACAACCCAGUAGAAUUUUUAAAAGGAGCCAUUGAUGAAAUACUGGAUGCCAAGACCGACAGUCUAGAUAACAAACCACAGGAUAGAUCUUCGAAUAUCGAUACUUUAGAAACAAGUGUUACACCAGUCAAUUUCCAUGAAGCUGACACUAACGAAUUAAAGACUGCAUUAAAUGAUCUGCAACUUGCCCAUUCCUUCUUAACGAAACAAUUUGAGACUUCACGACUUGAGCAAUCACAAACAAUCAAUAGAUUAACAAAGACCAAUAGAGAAUUACAAGAUAAGUUAUUGAAGUACCACGCUAAAAUAUCAAAGUUAGAAGAGAAAUUGAAGGUAACCGAAGAUGCAAAAACUCAGCUAGAGGAUGCUGCGCACAAGAUCAAUAUGAAAGAAAAUCUACUAUUAAGUUCACCUAUCAUGGCACCUGAACUAUUCUCUCCAUCCACACCAACCAGUGGUUUGAACAGCUCCCCAUCCAACAAUAACUCUCAUUCAAUAACAGUUAUGCGUAAUGAAUUCAAGAGAAUGAUACUUGAAACACAAGAUAAAUACGAAAAAGAACUUGCAGAAGAACGAGAAAAAAGACUGAAACUUGAGAAGGAGUUUGAAGAGUUGAAGGACUAA